UAAAGCAGCAGAGACGGUGCCUGGCAGACACUUACUGUGUGAGGACUGAGCGAGCAGCAGCCUCUGCACCGGGGGAAGACAUGCCAGGGAUGUUCUUCUCUGCUCACCCAAAGGAACUGAAAGGAGCUGGUCACUCACUUCUAGACGACAAAGCACAAAAAAGGAGGCCUAAGACUUUCAGAAUGGACAUGAAAGCAUACCUGAAAUCUAUGCUCCCACAUCUGGAAUCUGGAAUGAAGCGUUCCAAGUCCAAAGACAUACUUUCUGCUGAUGAAGUAAUACAGUGGUCUCAAUCUCUGGAAAAACUUCUUGCCAAUCAAAUCGGCCAAGAUGUCUUUGGAAGUUUCCUAAAGUCUGAGUUCAGUGAGGAGAAUAUUGAAUUCUGGUUGGCAUGCGAAGACUACAAAAAAACAGAGUCUGAUCUUUUGCAUUAUAAAGCAGAGAAGAUAUAUAAAGCAUUUGUACAUUCAGAUGCUGCUAAGCAAAUCAAUAUUGACUUUCGCACUCGAGAAGCUACUGCAAAGAAGGUCAAGGCCCCAACUCUCACCUGUUUUGAUGAAGCCCAAAAGAUCAUAUAUACUCUCAUGGAAAAGGACUCUUACCCCAGAUUCCUCAAAUCAGACAUGUACUCCAACCUUCUGAAUGACCUUCAGGCUAACAGUCUAAAGUGACAGGUCUGUGGAUGCUAGAAUUAAAAAUGGCAUCAAGAACAAGAAGAACAUGCCAGUUGGCUCCUUGGAUGAACAAGGUGGCCUUUCUGGGUGACUGGCUGGACCCUGGGGUAAAACAAAUGACUGAGAAUGGGUAAUGUGGAUGUGAUCCAGGCACAGAACUGACAAGGCAUAAGCAAGAUGAAAAUUAAGAGGCAGCAGACAGAAGAAGGAACUGUGGGACUAUGAGAAAUAAAAUGUGGGCCUAGGAAAUCCCUCAGAACUGAGAAAUCCAAGUUACACAGAAGCUGUGAACAAAGACUUUGCAACUGACUGAACAAGCUGUGAGCUUUAAGAUGAACUGGCAUGCAGGUCACUUCAUACAUAUCUACCGAGCUGCUAAAAUCUAACUAUUUGAAAAGUAUGUGUUUCAAAACACCUUUUUUUUUCCAUUGUUGUUACUGAUACUGUUUUUGCUUGUUUGAUUGUUUUUUUACUUGAAAGAGAUAAACAAGAGAACAGUGUAUUUAACUUAAGCUACUGCUCUGCAAACUGGGACUCCGAAUAUAACUAAGUUAAAUUAUC